UUUACUUAUAAAGGAAAUUGUAUUCACAGUUGGUUUGAAAUUAGAAUAUAAAAUGAAUAUAUAAAUAUUUUGAAAAAAAUUGUUUGUUGAACUUUGGUGAAGGUAAAUUAUGCUAUAUAAGAAUCAAGAAAGCACUGGAAAGUCAGCAGUUUGGCAAAGUUCAUUUGGUUGAAAAGAUGAAAUUCUUUACGGUAUUAUUCGUUAUCGCUUUCGCGGUUGUCCUGGUUGAAGGAUUCGGACCUCGAGAACGUCUUGGACCAAGAAUAAGCCUAGGUGGCUUUAAAAUAUUUAGAGGAUUUGCCAUACCAAAACCACCAGGAUUUGGCAUACCGAAACCAUCAGCAUUUGGCUUCCCAAAACCACCUGUAUUUGGCUUCCCAAAACCACCAGCAUUUGGCUUCCCAAAACCACCAGCAUUUGGCUUCCCAAAACCACCAGCAUUUGGCUUCCCAAAACCACCACCAUUUGGCUUCCCAAAACCACCAGUUUUCCCCAUUCAUCACCGUCCAUGCCUUCCAGGUUCAACAGCUGCACCUUCGACUGCCGCACCAUCGACUGACGCACCAUCGACUGCCGCACCAUCAACUGACGCACUAUCGACUGCUGCACCAUCAACUGCUGCACCAGCGACUGCUGCACCAUCAACUGCUGCACCAGCGACUGCCGCACCAUCAACUGCCGCACCAUCAACUGCUGUACCAGCGACUGCUUAGUUACUUAAAUAACUAUAAUCAGUUGAUUUGAAGGUUUAUAAAUUAAAAAUUAAAGGGUUUCAAUAAAUGGUAUACUCGUA